UUAAAUGUUAUUUACUUUGUUUUUUAAGGUACAAUACAACAAUCUAAUCUAAUCUAAUCUCGUAAAUAGUGAAGUAGCUUUGUUUUCUUCGAUUGAAAAGGACUACAUCUCCUAGUCCUAGCUGAGUGAUGUGAGAGUGAGAAACAUGGAAGGAGUAGAGCUGGAACUGGAGAGAAGAAGCAAGUUCUUGAACAACUUGAUACAGCAGAAGAAGAAGGCUAAAGAGCAGCAAGACCAGAAAGACGAGUUCAAUGUCCGGGUUCGAGCUUCCGACAUGCCUCUGUCAGUGCAAAACAGGGCCUUCAGUUUGUCCCGUGGGCUCUUGGAUGCUACGCCUGGAAAGGCCGACAACAAACGACUCGCUCUCGCCCUAAAAAAGGACUUCGAUUCUGCCUAUGGCCCUGCAUGGCAUUGCAUUGUUGGGACAAGCUUUGGCUCAUACGUGACUCAUUCCGUUGGAGGAUUCUUAUAUUUCCAGAUCGACAAGGUUUAUGUUCUUCUAUUCAAGACUGCUGUGGAACCCCUAGAUCACCAAUGAGAAAGCUGAUCCAUCAAAACAAAAAGAAGAGCAGCUUCUGUUUUUCAAUUUCUGCCCUGUAUUAUUAUUUCUAGUUCGAUGUGUCAAGAAUAGGUUUGUCUCAUUCAUGUUCUGUAAUUACAAGUGGACUUAACGUUCUUGAGAAACUUCUAUUUUUGGUGCUUUGUGCAUGGUUUUUGAGUAGGAUAAGUGCAAGAAC